AUGUUCUCUCUCGAGGGCUCGACUGCGCUCGUCACUGGUGCUACCAGAGGCAUCGGUCAGGCUGUUGCCAUUGGGCUUGCCGAAGCCGGCGCAGAUAUCGUAUUGAUCCAGAGAGACACCACGUCGACGGCGACAAAAGAGGCCGUCGAGAAGACUGGUCGCAAGGCAUGGAUCUUCACGGCUGAUCUUGCUGUGCAAGAGCAAGUCGCAAACAUUGCCAAGGACGUCACCGCCGCCGGCCACAAGGUCGAUAUUCUGGUCAACUGCGCCGGAAUCCAGAGGAGGCAUCCCUGCGAGGAGUUUCCCGACAACGACUGGAACGAUGUUCUGCAAGUCAACCUCAACUCCGUCUUCACCCUCUGCCGCGACUUUGGCCGCGAGAUGCUCUCCCUCCCCGUGUCUGCCGCCACCGGCCGCCGCGGCAGCAUCAUCAACUUUGCCUCUCUGCUGACCUUCCAGGGCGGUUUCACCGUCCCCGCCUAUGCGGCGUCCAAGGGAGCCGUGGGCCAGGUGACAAAGUCGUUUGCCAACGAGUGGACGUCCAAGGGCAUCACGGUCAACGCCAUUGCGCCGGGAUACAUCGAGACGGAGAUGAACACGGCGCUGCUGAACAACCCGGAGAGGCUGGCGAGCAUCAGCGCGAGAAUCCCGGCGGGCAGAUGGGGAUCGCCCGAGGACUUUAAGGGGACAGCAGUGUAUCUCGCGAGCAAGGCGAGUGCGUAUGUGAGCGGACAUGUUUUGGUGGUGGACGGUGGAUGGAUGGGACGGUAG